AUGAAGAUCUCCCAGGUUUUCCGCGUGUCGGCCCAGACUAUGGGCGCGACCUUCAAGAACCAGAUCAGCCAUGGCAUUCCAAAGCCAUUUCGCGCUCCUCCGUCACCAAAAUGGGAUGGCAGGAUGAUGAAGAAGGUGGCUGCCACCACCAAGUCAUCAUUUUGUCGCGUUCCCCUCUCCAACUCUCCAGUCCCGGCCUUUAAGAAGGCGGCUAGACAGACUUGGCGAAACAAGUCUGCUGUCUUCUGGUCCCCACGCCUGGCUUUGGAACAUUGCGUUGAAGGAUUCCAAGAGGUCGUGUGUAGAAAGGGAGAGCCGGUUCACAAGGUUGAACCCGAAAAGAAGUCGGCCGCAGCCUUCUCGCCACCGACCGGCCCUUGUCCAUUCGGGCGUCCUGAGAUAUACUACUCUCCGGGGCUUCAGGGUGGGGAGUCCGUCUGGGCCUGUCCUUGCUUUCGACCGACUCCAAGGACGACAUCCUGGGGCGCAACAGACCACUUGAGACGCCAAGAGGCAAUCAAGGAAGGUCGGCCUUUUCAAUGGCCACCACUCCGGUAUCCAGAACCGGAGCCCGUGCCUGAGGAGGAGAGGUGUGCCUAUUGUCGGGGAUGGGCAACACCUAUGGAUAUCGAUAGCCUAUUGGAGUUGCUUCUGACGCACUCCGUGGGCGCAGAGGACCUCAACCAUGGCGAUCCAAUGGACCUCGACUAG